GUGACUGGUCAGCUUUGCAGUUGAGAACGAUUCAGGCUCUCCAGGGCCCAGCCUGGCAGGUCCGGCGGGGGGCCGGGCGGCGGCGGCAGCGGUGGCGGGAGAUGCCCGGGUAGCCCGCGGAGGUCCAUGUGGCACCCCAGGCGGGAUGCCGGCGCCCUGAAGGCCGAGGCCCUGGCCCUGCUGCCCUGCGGCCUGGGCAUGGCGUUCUCCCAGACCCACGUGAUGGCUGCGCGGCGGCACCAGCACGGCCGGCUCAUCAUCGAGGUGGACGAGUACAGCUCCAACCCCACCCAGGCUUUCACCUUCUACAACAUCAACCAGGGCCGCUUCCAGCCGCCGCACGUGCAGAUGGUGGACCCGGUGCCUCAUGACGCCCCCAAACCUCCCGGCUACACCCGCUUCGUCUGUGUCUCCGACACCCACUCGAGGACCGACCCCAUCCAGAUGCCUUAUGGGGACGUGUUGAUCCACGCCGGCGACUUCACCGAGCUGGGGCUCCCGAGUGAGGUGAAGAAAUUCAACGAGUGGCUGGGCAGCCUGCCCUAUGAGUACAAGAUCGUGAUCGCUGGCAACCACGAGCUGACCUUUGACCAGGAGUUCAUGGCCGACCUCAUCAAGCAGGACUUUUACUACUUCCCCUCCGUGUCCAAGCUGAAGCCGGAGAACUACGAGAAUGUGCAGUCGCUGCUGACCAACUGCCUCUACCUCCAGGACUCGGAAGUCACUGUGCGGGGCUUCAGAAUCUACGGCUCCCCGUGGCAGCCCUGGUUUUAUGGCUGGGGCUUUAACCUCCCGCGAGGCCAAGCCCUGCUGGAGAAAUGGAACCUCAUUCCGGAAGGCGUAGACAUCCUGAUAACCCACGGACCCCCUCUGGGCUUCCUGGACUGGGUCCCCAAGAAGAUGCAGCGGGUGGGCUGUGUGGAGCUGCUCAACACGGUGCAGAGGCGCGUCCAGCCACGGCUGCAUGUCUUCGGCCACAUCCACGAAGGGUACGGUGUCAUGGCAGACGGGACCACCACCUACGUGAACGCGUCCGUGUGUACUGUGAACUACCAGCCCGUGAACCCACCCAUAGUCAUCGACCUCCCCACACCCCGGAACUCCUGACUGUUCCCCACGCACACCUGGCCGAGAGCGUGGACCCCCACCCACCCUCCCUCAUGCAGAAUCGGU